AUGGCUAAAGCUAGCGAGGACUCUAAGUACGGUUUGGCACGGCUGCAGGUAGAACUGGAAAAGGAGAGGGAGAUGAAAGAAAUGCUUGAAGAGUCAGUGUCUGAUCUGCGGAGUACCAUGAGUGAACUACAAGAAAGACUGCACAGUGUUGAUGGGGAAGGAAAUGAGUGGAGGACAAGGUAUGAGACACAGGUAGAGCUAAAUGGGCAGUUGGAGCGGCAGAUCUCACUUAUCCGUGAGAGACUGGAAGACAUAAGAGGAAACCCUGUGGACCGACUGGCUUCUAUUCGGUCGUAUGAGGACAUGCCAGUGGAAACACUGAGACAACGUCUGAAGCUCCUGACCGGGGAGAAAUCUGACCUCCAGAGUCAGCUAAUGGAUUGUCAUCUUCAAAUUGAACAAGAAGGAAAGGCUUUUCAUAAAACCAAUGAUGAGAGGCGGGCAUACUUGUCAGAAAUUGCUAAGCUGUCAUCUACCCAUGAAGCUCAAAGAAGACAGUACUUUGCACAGCCACAGAGGGCACCAGAGAGCAAACAAAUGAGAGGGAAGCAGACUGGCAGGAAGGCAGAGGCUGAUUCUAAGAAAGGAAAAGAGGGAGGAGAAGAAGAUGGUGGCGAGGCCUUUGUGAAAGAAAGAGGAGGAGGUGAUGGUGGAAGAAUAGCAGAGAGAAAAGAAGAGAAGAAAUUACAAAGGAAAAGCAGGUUACCCACGCUUAAGCACAACCCGAAGCACGAUCCGUAACCCAAACUUAGUAAUGUUGCUUUUUUUAUGGUUAUGCUUUAGUUCACAUUGCGACUGAUUAUGUUGAAAUACUGCAGUUUCUACACUAACCAGCCACUUAAUUAGGUACACUUUGUACUGUCCAGUACUCAGCUGGACCUCCUUUUCCUUUAAGAGCUGCCAUAAUUCUUCAUGGUAUUGAUUCAACAACAUGCUAGAAUAAUUCCUCACAGAUUUUGGUGCUUUUUGCAUCAUGCAGUGGCUGUACAUUUGUUGGCUGCACAUCCAUGAUCUAAAUCUCCCAUUUCACCACAACUCAAAGUUGCUGUACUUGAUUGAGAUCUGGUGAUUGUUGAAGACAUUUGAGUAAAAUCUGAGGUGAUUUGAGCUUUGUGACAUGAUGCAGUGCCCUUCUGCAAGCAGCCAUUAGAAGAUGGGUACACAGUGGUCAUAAACAGAUUGUUAGCAACAACACUCAGGCAGGCUGUGGUGUUUAAACAAUACAGCGCUGAUACUAAUUGACCCAACGUGUGCCAAGAAAAUAUCUCCCACACCAUUACACCACCUCCGGCAGCCUGAACUGCUGAUAAAAGGUAUGAUGGAUCCAUGCUUUCAAAUUGUUUAUACCAAAUUCUGACGCUGCCAGCUAAAUGUUUGUCUUGCCAGACGACAUUUUUCCCAUCUUCUGUCGUCCAAUUUUUGUGAGCCCUUAUGAAUUGUAGCCUCUUUUUCAAUUCAGUUAAAUUUUAUUUAUAUAGUGCUCAGUCAUUUCAAGGCACUUUAUAUUGUAAGGUAGAGAGCCCACAGUAAUACAGAGAAAACCCAAACAAUCAGAAGGAACCCCCAUCAGAACCAAUUUUGAGGGAGGGGCAACCACCUGCAGCAGCUGGUUGGGGGUGAGGGGCGGGAGACAGGACAAAAGACACAGUGUGGAGAAGAGCCAGAGAUUAAUAAUGACUAAUGAUUAAAAGUAAAGUGGUGGAUAAACACAUAAUGAGUAAGAACAGGUGAAUGAAUGAGAAUUGCUCAGUGCAUCAUGGGAAUCCCCCAGCAACCUAAGCCUAUUGCAGUGCUGCAGUGGGAGGAUUCGGGGUCACCUAAUCCUUUAUGCUUUAUCAAAAAGUUUUAAUCCUGAUCUUAAAAGCAGAGAGGGUGUCUGUCACCAAAACAAAAUCAGAACUGCAAGUAAGACAGCACUCUGAGUGCUCUAUAUGGUACUAUGAGGUCUUUGAUAUGAGAUGGACCUUUAGAUUUGAUUCGGGAUUUAACAUGGAGCCAAUUAAGAGGACCUAAAAUGGGAGAAAUACUGUCUUUCUCUUGUCAGUACUCUUAAUGCAGCAUUUUAGAUCAGCCAAAGGCUUUUUAGGGAGUUUUUAGGACAUCCUGAUAAUAAUGAAUUACAGUAGUCCAGCCUACAAUUUGUUUUUCCAGCAUCACUCUGACACAGGAUGUUUCUAAUUUUAGAGAUGUUGUGCAAAUGCAAGGAAGCAGUCCUACAUAUUUGUUUAAUAUGCGUAUUGAAGGACACAUCCUGGUCAAAAAUAGCAAGUAAUGCCAUACUGAGGUUAGGGAUGGGUAUCGAAACCCGGUUCUUGUUGAGUACCGGUUCCCACUGUUUCAAUUCCUUGGAAUUGUUUGCCAUUUUUGCAAACGAUUCCCUUAUCGAUUCCAGUCGCCACGUUGCGGAGCGCCUUUUACCUGGCAGGAAACACGGCGCCUAAGCGGCUCAAACGCUCAAAAGUUUGGUUAUACUUUACAAAAACGGAUGACAACAGGGCAACUUGCAAUACUUGCAAAGUAGAUAUUUCAUUUAAGGGAGGAAACACUACGAAUAUGCAAAAGCAUGGUGCGGUAUUCUACUUCAGUAGCUCGUCUGCUUCAAGGUUCAACGUGUUGCGUGUUCAGAGAUGCUCUUCUGGUUAUUUGAGUUACUGUUGCCUUCAAUUUGAAGCAGUCCAUUCUCCUCGGACCUUUGACAUCAACAAGACAUUUUCAACCUGAGAACUGCUACUCAUUGGAUAUUUUCUCUUUUUCUGGCCAUUCUCUGUAAACUCUCAAGAUGCUUGUGUGGGAAGAUCCCAGUAGAUCGGCAGUUUCUGAAAUACUCUCUGGCACAAACAACCAGGCCACAUUCAAAGUCACUGAAACCACCUUUAUUCCCCAUUCUGAUGCUCAAUUUGAACUUUGGCAGAUCACUUUGAUCAUGUCCACAUGCCUAAAUGCUUUGAGUUGCUGUCGUGUGAUUGGCUGAUUAAAUAUUUGUGUUAACAAGCAGUUAAACUGGCGUACUUAAUAACAUGAACGUGAAUGUAUUUCGGUUUUUCUGUCCAUUUG